CGUAACAUUUACAUUACAGUUUAUUCAUUUACAAAUUUUUGGAUUCUUUUUGUCGCGGUUGCAUGUUAUUCGAUAAGCACCUUCGUUAUACUGUUGUUGAAGCACUGAAAACAGUCGGAACAAAAGAACAGCAAGAAAAUCCUUCAAGUUCAUCGAUAAUUUUGAUUCGUAUCCACUGCUAUGAGCAACGCUGUUAUGAUGGACUACGAAUUCAAGAUGAAAACUCAACAGGAGCGGGCCAAAGUAGAAGACCUUUUUGAGUACGAGGGCUGUAAAGUUGGUCGCGGGACGUAUGGUCACGUUUAUAAAGCUCACCGAAAAGAAAGUAACGAUACGAAGGACUAUGCGUUAAAGCAGAUUGAAGGCACCGGAUUGUCUAUGUCUGCUUGCAGAGAAAUUGCGCUGCUGCGAGAACUAAAGCAUCCAAACGUAAUUAAUCUCAUCCGAGUGUUCCUAUCGCACACAGAUCGAAAGGUCUGGUUGCUUUUCGAUUAUGCCGAACAUGACCUGUGGCACAUCAUCAAGUACCACCGUGCAGCCAAGGCCACAAAGAAACCGGUCAUGGUUCCGAAAGGAAUGGUCAAGAGUUUACUCUACCAGAUCUUGGAUGGUAUCCACUAUUUACAUAGCAAUUGGGUUUUGCACAGAGACUUGAAACCGGCCAACAUUCUAGUAAUGGGGGAAGGCAAUGAGAGAGGUCGAGUCAAAAUUGCAGACAUGGGAUUUGCUAGACUUUUCAAUGCCCCACUGAAGCCAUUGGCUGAUUUGGAUCCUGUUGUGGUUACAUUUUGGUAUCGAGCACCAGAAUUGUUACUUGGAGCUCGACAUUACACUAAAGCGAUCGAUAUUUGGGCUAUUGGAUGCAUAUUUGCUGAGUUGCUGACUUCGGAGCCAAUAUUCCAUUGCCGACAGGAGGAUAUCAAAACAAGCAACCCUUAUCACCAUGACCAAUUGGAUCGAAUCUUCAAUGUUAUGGGUUUUCCACAAGAUAAAGACUGGGAAGACAUUCGUAAAAUGCCGGAACAUCACACUCUUACAAAAGACUUUAAGCGUUCCAAUUAUGCUAACUGUUCGCUGAUCAAAUAUAUGGAACGUCAUAAAAUCAAACCAGACAGCAAAGCUUUCCAUUUACUACAAAAACUUUUGCUUAUGGAUCCAAACAAGCGAAUCACCUCGGAGCAGGCUAUGCAAGAUCCAUACUUUUCUGAAGAUCCACUGCCUACCGCAGAUGUGUUUGCUGGUUGUCCGAUCCCCUAUCCCAAGCGGGAGUUUCUAACCGAUGAAGAUCAAGAUGAUAAGGGUGAAAAUAAACGGCAGCAACAACAGCAACAGGCCAAUCAAACGCAACAAAAUCAGCAGCAGCAACAAGGCAAUCAUCAAUCUCAGCAGCAAAACCAGCAGCAACAGCAGGCCAAUCAGAAUCAACAAGCACAGCAGCAACAGCAACAACAGCAGCAGCAGCAACAACAACAACAGCAGCAAAUGCAACAACAACAGCAACAACAAGCGCAAAAUGCUGCAAUGGAUCACAAUGCUGCCAAACGGGUUCGUAUGUCGGGUCCAAAUGGGCAGCCUGGUAACGGUUUAAAUCCCCAAGAUUACCAACAGCAAGCGCAGCAAGCUGCUGCCGCGGCGGCUGCUGCUCAACAACAACAGCAGCAGCAACAACAGCAGAUGAUGUUCAACAACACACAACAAGGCGGGUUUCAGCAAAGAUAUUGACCUUCUAUGAUCGAAAUUAUAAGCUAUGAAAAUAA